GUUCUUUUUCGUUGAGAGCCCGACGUCGCAUCGAGGCCCCAGGCGCUCGUCGCACCGAUGGAAGCCACAGGAGGCGCAGGCGGGCCGCCUUGGUGCUGACCAAUGACGCACGCGACUCGGAACAGCAGCUGUGGCAGCUCGCUGCCACUUUUUCCUCGACGGACCGCAACCUCCAAGGGCCGACCAUCGUAGCAUCGCACAACGAACCGGCCAUGAGCUGCUCCCGCAUAGUGUGGCGGCAACAAUGCGCGCUUCACGGCCGCAACAAUGGCCUCGUUCCGGGUCAUCUGCUGUCCUCUCUCCAACCCCGUGCCGCCGCAGCUCCGAGGCGGCUCGCGCACAAUGAUGCGCGCAAAUCGCCGCCCUCCCCAUCGCGGCCGCCGCGAUCCUCGAACCCGCUGCUCAACCCCCCCGCGUCGACGCGCCCCCCGCCUCUGAUGGUCCCCGAGCGAAGCACGUCCGAGUCGACAUUCCAGUACUUCUUCCAGCUGGGCAAGGGCUAUUUGCGGUUCUACAAGGACGGGCUCAAGGGUGUGUGGACGAACCGCCACCUGCUCCGCGAGAAGCUCGCGCGCACGCCGACCGACGACCGCCCGUCCAUCUGGCGGCCGUCGUACGUGCCCAAGACGUUCUCGCGCGCCGACUGGGUCCUUCUAUGGCGCGUACGGCACGAUCUGCUGCGUCUGCCGCUCUUUGGGCUCAUGCUCGUCGUCAUCGGCGAGUUCACGGCCCUCGUCGUCGUCUACGUCGACGGCGUCGUCCCCUACACGUGCCGCAUCCCCAAGCAGAUCGCCAAGGGGCUGCAAAAGGCCGAGGACCGCCGCCGUGUCGCCUUUGACGAGCUCGAGGCGCGGUUCCCGCACGGCGUGCUGAGCCCGCGGGUGACGCCCGGCGUGGCGCGCAGUCACGUCCUCCGCAGCCUGCACCUCGCGGGCACCAUGUGGGAUAAGCUGGGCUUUAUGCCCCCGGGGAUGUGGCAAGUCAAGGGCCGCUUGCGGAUGGCGUUCCUCGAGGGCGACGACCGCAACCUCAUUGAGGAUGGCGGGCCGUCGCAGUUGGUGCCCGAGGAGCUGAGGAUCGCGUGCGCGGAGCGAGGCAUCGACGUCGUGGGCAAGAGCGAAACGGAGUUGAGGGGCAUGCUGGGCGACUGGCUCCGGCUGACAGCUGCCGAGGAUAUCACAGAGCGGCGGCGGCGCAUAGCCACGCUGCUGUUGACAAGGUCGGAGCACUGGCCGCAGCAGCGUGACUUUGCGGUUCCCGACUGGGAGCUGUAGAGAAGGCUGGGCCGCGCCGGAUUUGGCGUGCAGCCGUCCAGUAUGCUGUGCCGAUUGGCGUGUGGGACGCGAGGUCAGAGCUCUAACGCGGGGGGGCAGUCGAGUAUCACCGCCGGCCGGCGUGCAGGUCAGAGGCAUCGGCGCACGAAUGCCGUGAGGCACUGGUGGAAGGAGGCAUUGCAAAUGUACCAACAGAAAUAUGUAUCACCCAUCAUCAUCAUCAUCAUCUCCGGAGAGGUCUUUAGACUACAGGAAUAGACUUCAAGUAUUAUCGG